AAAUUAUGCAUUCUAUUCUAUCUCAUUCAUUCACUCUCAAAAAAAAACUCAUUUUUCUCUCCUUCAAUCUCUCAACCUCCUCCUCAUCAUAUUCCAAACACCACACCACACAACACACAGUCCAACGUUAAUCGAUCAAAAACCCAUCUCUGUCGAUGUUUCUUUGACCCAAAAAACUUCACAAAAAUCUCAUCCGAUUCUCUUUUCUUCUCUUCCACCGAUGCAGAUUGAGUUUCAAAAUUCCUUCCUAUUUCUUAUAUGUUUGAGACCUGAGAUUUGCUAGUCAAUUAUAUUUUUGAGAUAUUUUCUUCUGCAAAGUUUGGGGCACUGCGUAAAGUUUUUUGCAGUGCCCAAUGGAUGCCACAACCAGCGGAACCCCGACUAUUCAAUACCAUAACAUCACUGACCAGACAAUUACUGCCAUUGUUGUUGCCACACCACUUCCGACUUUCCAAAGGCAACAGCGACAUUGCUUUGGGAACUCUACUCCCGGAGAGUUUCCUUUGUCUGCUAAUCCCUCUAUUGUCCUCCAUGUUCUUACCGCGUGUAAUUUGGAUCCUCAAGACCUUGCUAAACUAGAGGCAACAUGCUCUUUCUUCAGGCAGCCAGCAAACUUUGCUCCGGAUUUAGCGCUGUCAUUAUCCGAGCUUGCUGCAUUUGACAUGUGCCGAAAGAGAGCCAUCUUUAAGCCAAUGACAACAGAAGAAAGGCAAGAUUUGAAGCAAAGAUGUGGAGGCUCUUGGAAGUUGGUUCUAAGGUAUUUAUUGGCUGGAGAAGCAUGUUGCAGGAGGGAGAAAUCACAGGCAAUAGCAGGUCCUGGUCACAGCAUUGCUGUGACAUCUAAAGGGGAUGUUUAUUCGUUUGGAUCCAACAGUUCAGGACAACUCGGGCACGGCACCACCGAUGAAGAAUGGCGACCGCGGCCAAUAAGAACUUUGCAAGGCAUUCGAAUUAUACAAGCUGCUGCCGGUGCUGGGAGGACAAUGUUGAUCACUGAUUCCGGACAAGUCUAUGCAUUUGGAAAAGAUUCUUUUGGAGAAGCUGAAUACGGAGGUCAAGGAUCCAAAGUUGUCACAAGUCCACAGUUGGUGGAGUCUUUGAAAAACAUAUUUGUUGUCCAAGCUGCAAUUGGUAACUUUUUUACCGCGGUAUUGUCAAGAGAAGGCAGGGUUUAUACAUUUUCUUGGGGUAACGAUGGAAAACUCGGCCACCACACUGAUCCAAAUGAUAUGGAACCUCAUCCUUUAUUAGGAGCUUUGGAAGACAUACCAGUAGUGCAAAUUGCCGCGGGAUAUUGCUACCUUCUUUGUUUGGCUUGUCAACCUAGUGGAAUGUCAGUAUACUCCGUUGGGUGUGGCUUGGGAGGCAAGCUAGGACACGGAACAAGAACUGACGAAAAGUUCCCUCGUUUGAUCGAACAGUUCCAGACGCUAAACAUUCAACCCAUGGUGGUGGCAGCCGGUGCAUGGCACGCUGCAGUUGUAGGACAGGAUGGCCGUGUUUGCACAUGGGGAUGGGGCCGAUACGGUUGUUUGGGACACGGGAAUGAAGAAUGUGAAGCAGCACCUAAGGUAGUAGAAGCAUUGACCAAUGUCAAAGCUGUUCAUGUCGCAACAGGAGAUUACACAACCUUUGUGGUCUCUGAAGAUGGUGACGUUUAUUCAUUCGGUUGUGGAGAAUCUGCUAGUCUCGGUCAUAACGCAGUAAAUGACGAACAGGGAAACAGGCAUGCGAAUGUGUUAAACCCCGAGCUCGUGACAUCGCUGAAGCAGAUCAAUGAAAGGGUGGUACAGAUUAGUCUGACAAAUUCGAUAUACUGGAACGCCCAUACCUUUGCUCUAACUGAAUCAGGGAAGCUUUAUGGAUUUGGGGCAGGAGACAAAGGACAGCUAGGAAUUGAACUUGUUGCGAACCAGACAGAAAGGGUAAAUCCGGAACGGGUUGACAUUGAUCUCGGCUAACUAUAUCGGCCUCUAAUCACCAAUUCUUUAAACCGUUUUAUAUCGUCUAAUUAACGAUCAUGCAUAGCAUUUAGUGUUUAAGUUUCCUUGUCUAUUUUGUAAAUAUAAUCAAAAGAAUGCAGUGUGAUGAAGGUCCAAGGUAGGUAAAUCAGCUAACAAGGGCUUCAGCUACUACUGUCUUUAUUUAUGGUCUUUCAUAUCAUAUCUUAGGCUUCAACUGUUUGUUGAUAGUUUAUUUAUACGCUGUUGAAGGUUACUUUAUUUAUGGUUUAGUUUCUCUUGAA